UGUUAAUAUGGGUGUGUGUAGAUUGAUGAGGGAAAAAAAACGAUUGAAUCCAUUUUAGAAUAAGGCUGUAACUUAAUACAAAUUUUAAAAAAGUCUAGGGGCCUGAAUACUUGUCUCUAUGAAUACACUUGUCUCUAUGAAUGACGGCUACCCCACCACCUUAUCCAGACGGCCUGAAUUUCUGUAGAUAAGUAAAGGCUGGAGGAGUAGUUUCAUUUAGACAACUAAAAUCCUCGGGUUUAACUCAGGCUUCAGUAAAGCAUGAAAAUAUCAAUGUCAUUGGAAAUAAUAAGAUCACUGAACAACUUAUUAUUUAGAUAUCUUACAUUCACUCAACCGAUCUAGACAUGAAUAGCUUGCCAGAUUAACAGAGGUAUUCCGGGGAGUUAGAGAAACAUAAAUUAGGUCACUUACAUUAACAGCACUACGGGACAUAGUAUGCUAUCUAGGUUGCUAAUUAUGACAGGGAGGACUGGAGCAACACCAGACCAAGACAGCAAUAAUAAGGGAAUAUUUUUAAAAACAAACACUGACCAUAGCUUGAGGGCAAUAUUCUAAACACCUGGGCUGGCCUAAUCCUAGGGAGACCGAUUUCUUCCAUUCAGUUAGCCAUAGAAAUAUGUCACUUAUCUUGUAAUAUUUAGGCUUACUUUCAUCCUAGCUCUCUAAGGAAAUGGUUAAGAGUGCUGAUCCAUCACAUUUAGCCCCUCCCAGGGCAUCUCAUAGUCUCAUUGUAUCAUCUGAUGAGCUGUUUUCAUCACGAACAUGAACAAAUAAAAAGUACCAGUUCCCCAGGGAUCACAGGUAUCUUUAUACAGGUAUUUUGAUACCAAUUGUGCAUUUAUUCCUUGUCAUUAUCUUUCUAUAAUUUUUCUUUCUGCAUUUGUUGGGAAGUGCCCAAGCAUUUCACUGUUAGUCUACACUAUGUUGUUUACAAGGCAUGUGACAAUUACAAUUUUGGGCCCACUUUAGGACAGGAAAGACAACACAUAAAUAUCUUAAAAUAAAUAGCCUAGUUUCCGACAUGAAAUAGCCUGUAACAUGGUCAUGGAAACCCUGUAAGAAUUAAAGUAGACAGGGUGGUAUUUGGCUUGAAUGGAGGAAGCAUUGGGAGACAUUUCUCGCAUAGCUUUGGAACAGUUCACCCGUCAGCUAACGCACACGUCAGAUCUCUUUCGGAUAUAAAAGGAGGAGAGGGGGACACCAGAGAACCCAGUAAGUCUGUAGGUAGUUUACAUUGCGCAUUCCGUGUGCAAACGCGUGGAUUGAUCUAAAUUAGCCUCUAUCUUUGCUAAAAUUGUACCAAUACUAUGUCAGUAGACAUGAAGAUUUUGGAGCUUUCCUUUGUUGUUUUCCUCUAUGGGUGUUUAAAUUCGGCAUCAGCAUCUUGUCCCUCCGAAUGUUCGUGUCCUCGUGAGGUAGGCCUUCCCAGGUGCGAACCAGGAAUCAGCUUUGUGUCCGACGGCUGUGGAUGCUGCGAAGUCUGCGCUCGGCAGCUCAAUGAAGACUGCAGCAAGACAGAGCCAUGCGACCACAUCAAGGGACUGGAGUGCAAUCUUGGGGCUGCUUCUGGCACAGCUAAAGGCAUCUGUCGUGCCAAAACAGAUGGAAGACCCUGUGAGUACAACAGCAAGAUCUACCAGAAUGGAGAGAGCUUCCUUUCCAACUGCAAGCACCAGUGUACGUGCAUGGAUGGUGCCGUGGGGUGUAUGCCCCUGUGCCCCCAGCAGCUCUCCCUGACCAAACUGGGCUGUGCCAAACCCAAGCUGGUCAAAGUACCUGGUCGCUACUGUGAGGAGCUAGUCUGCCCUGAGGAGGGGAACGUGUUGGGCUCAGCCUCAGCAGACAAGGUCAGAAAAGAUGGCCGCCAGGAUAAACAUUCCGAAGAUGACCUCACAAACAAGAACGAGCUGGUGUCUGCCGACAGAGGAGGACUCAAGUCUUUACCUGCUUUCAGAAGUAAGCCUGAGAGUCGCCUGAUGUCCAAGGGGAACAAGAGAUGUGUGACUCAGACCACAGCCUGGUCCCUCUGUGCUAAGUCCCGUGGCACAGGAGUGUCCUCCCGGCUCACCAACAACAACAGCCAGUGCAAGCUGGUGAAGGAGACUCGUCUCUGUGAGUUCCGCCUUGCUCCCAGUCAGCCUACUCCAGCCUCAAGAAGGGUAAGGAGUGCAGUCGUAUUGAAAAGGCCAGCCCUCCAUUGAAACAGACCUACGCAGUUUGCAGCAGUGUGAAUAAGUUCCGUCCCAGGUACUGUGAUUCCUGUCUGGACGGGCGCUGCUGCACCUCUCAGUAGACCCAGACUAUGACGGUCCGCUUUGAGGACGGAGACACCUUCAGCAAGAAUGUCAUAGUCAGAGUCCUGUCCAUGUGACUUCAACUGUUCCCAUUGCAACGAGAGGCCUGUAUGUUCUACAGGCUGAUAUCCACAAGUCCAGAGACUGAGGGGAAGGGAAGGUUGAGGGAAUAAAAGUGUGGGAUAUGAGAGUUAGGAUAACUCCAGAUGUGCACCGUUAUGCUGGAGACAUUUAUUCAGAGAAUUUUUUUAAUGAAUUGCUUCGUAAUAUUGGAGCGUUACUGGUUGCUUCGAUAUGGAGCGUAAUGCUAUGUUGAAAUAUUUCACUUCAUUGACAACUUAUGUUUUGUUUAUUCAAACAAGGCAUGAGAUGCACUAGAGUUUUGAAUGCAUGCCUAUGUUUUUGUGUAUCUAUUAAAAAAAAAGUACAUUCAACAUGAAAACUUUGAAAAGACAGUGUAGCUUCUUUGUGGCAUCUACUAAAAUGAUUCAUUUUCAAUAUCACAAUAUUAGUAAUAUUUAUCUAUAACAUUUUUACAUUUUAUUAAGAUGUGAUAGGCCAUAAUGGAAAAUGAUAUUUGAGCAUUUAUGUUGUUUUAUGUAUGUUAUUAAUAAAAUAUGUAUUUAUGGAACCUGA